AUGAACAGGGACUUCCACGCUCUGGUACCCCACCAACUUUCCGUUCGCGCCGGGGUCAAUCUCGCGCUGUCAUUUGCUCGCCGUGGUAUCAAGACUGGAAUUCUUGACACCGAUAUCUUCGGUCCUUCUAUCCCCACUCUCCUAAAUCUCUCCGGCGAACCCCGCCUCGACGAAAACAAUUGCCUCGUCCCUCUAACAAACUAUGGCCUCAAAUCGAUGUCAAUGGGCUAUCUCCUCCCCCAAACACAAGCCGACAGCACAACAGGCGAAUUACCCAUGGACACAACACCAAUUUCAUGGCGUGGACUAAUGGUAACAAAAGCCAUGCACCAACUCCUCCACUCAGUAUCAUGGGGUCCGCUCGAUGUCCUAAUCCUUGACUUACCCCCUGGAACCGGCGACGUGCAACUCACAAUCAACCAAGAAAUCAUCAUCGACGGUGCCGUGAUCGUAUCAACGCCGCAAGACAUCGCACUCCGCGAUGCCGUGCGUGGCAUCGGGAUGUUCCAGCGAAUGGAGGUACCCGUUCUUGGAAUGGUGCGCAACAUGGCAUAUUUCGCGUGUCCACAAUGCGGGACUCAGACUCGCAUAUUCUCGCACGGUGAUAGUCACCACCACACGCACGGUGAGAACCACGGUGUCGUGGCUGAGUGCAAGCGGCUCGGAGUGGACUUCCUUGGUGACAUCCCUCUUGAUGCUCGGGUGUGCGAGGAUGCUGAUCGUGGGAUGCCAACUGUUGUUGCGGAGGAGAAUGUUGAGCGUAGCGCGAGGCGUGAGGCUUUCCUUGGAGUUGCUGAACAGGUGGCUCGGAAGAUUGGUCUUGACUGGCAUUAA